AUGCCUGAGGUACUUUUAGCUAUAUCCAUUAUUAAAGUACAAAAAUAUGAUGGCACUUUUGUUAACAUGCGAGCUCUUAUAGACCAGGGCUCCCAAACUUCGCUUAUCACCGAAAAUGCAGCUCAAGUACUCGGUCAACCUAGAUCAAGAUGUCAGGGGGUGAUAUCAGGGGUAGGUGCAAAAGAGAGCAACUAUAUGCCACGCAAAUACGUGCGUAAAGCAGGGGCACGACCUCGAGCGACGUGGACAGAAGAUGCCCUUAUAGAGGCCUUUGAAGAGCUGAGGCAAAAUAAAUAUGGAAAACACCCAGUUCUGGAUUUCGAAAAUGAAAAACGGCUUGUCGCACACAUCCAAAAACUAGAGAUUGCAGGGUUUCCUGUAACACGAGAUACGGUACAAAGACUAGCUUUUCAAUUCGCAGAAAAACUUGGAGAACAUCCCACACUGGACUUUGACAACGAGAAACGUCUCGUAGCGCACAUACAAAAAUUAGAAAAGGCAGGAUUUCCCACAACACGACAGGAUGUAAGAAGACUCGCUUUUGAAUUUGCCGAGAAACUGGGUUUGGAAAAUUCUUUUAAGAAAGAGACACGUAUGGCUGGUCAGCACUGGCUCAAAUCAUUUCUUGAACGACACCCAGAACUCAGUAUUCGCCAGGCAGAAGGUUUGUCUAUUGCAAGGGCUCAAGGAUUAAAUCGAGAUGAAGUAAACAAAAUGUUUGAAUUGUUGCUAAAAGUACUAACUGAAAAUGAAGCGCGUCGCGAGCUGAAAGAAAUGGAGGAGGAGGCUAAAGAGAUGACUUCACGGCGUAAUUUGAAUGAAAACGAAAUACAAGAUAUUCUUUUGGAGGGGGAAGAUGGAGACGACUUGGUUUUGGGCGAGGCGUCAGAAGAUGAACAAGAUGAAAUUAUUGAAGACAUCCGCUUGGAGGAGGAUGUAGAGAUAGUCCCCCCCAACGUCAACCCAGAGGAGAAUGAUUUUGUUCCGUCUAGCACGCGACCUUCAUUUAUUCGUGAUACCUCAAUAACAGAGUUGAAAGCCCUGUUUGGUCUAUUCUAUUUAGCUGGUGUGCCGAAAAUUAAUCAUUUAACCGUCAAAGAAAUAUUUGAUAAUACAGAUAGAUGCACUUACCUGAAGAAUCUGGCUUUUGAUCUCAUAAAACCUCACCUAGAAGAGAGAUUUAUGUACCGAACUUUGCCAACGUCCCUACAGCUAAGUAUCGGAGAUAUACUGGGCAAACAACGACCAAUAGCUACAGAAACCUCUUCAACUCCGAAAUCUGGAAGGUGUUACUUCUGCCUAAGGUCAAAAGAUCGUAAAUCUCGUGUACAAUGCACCAAGUGCAAACUUUUUAUUUGUAAUGACCACCAAAGCAAAAUAUGCCAAAAUUGUCUUACAAUAAAAGUGAGUCAAGUUCAUCUCAGGCGUGUUUCCUUCGUGAAUCCUGAUUAUGGUCUACCCAGCAGAAAAACUUUAUCGGAAAAAAAUAUUCCUGAGGAGUAUCAUGCUGCAUGUUCUGCAGUUGUAAAUAUGCUACAUUCAGAAGAAUACGUAGCUGCUACUACAGAUAUGUGGACUUCAGACAGUAAUAAAGCAUAUCUUACUGUUACAAUACACUUCAUAUAUAACUCAAAACUGAUUUCACAAACUAUCAGUACCACAGAAGUUAUGGAGGAGCAUUCUUCUAUUAUUUUAUCAAAUGUGCUCAAGUCUACGUUUGAUGAG